CCUUCCUGCUUUUGCGGAAGUGACGAGCGUGUGUGCAAACUCGAGCAAAACAUGAACAUGUGAGAGCUGCGUGGUGAGAAACCCAAAUUUACUUAAAACAGACUUCUCUGUCGACGUGGGGAAAGACUUCCGACGUGCAGUAUGAGUGAACCGGGACACUAUCCUCCGCCGGACUUCGGCUGUCCCCCUCCCAACACCAUCCUGCCCUUCCAGCACCAGCAGCAGCCCCGCUCCAGCGGCUUCCAGCCCAGCAUGUGGAGCUGGUGCGAGACGCCGUCCGAGCCCAGCUGGGACCACAGCGGUCAGCUCGGUUGGCAUCACGGGGCAGCAGCAGGCUUCGGUUUCCCCUCAGGCCGUGGAAACUACGGACCUAAACGUCCAUAUGGUCAAAACUUUGGCCGUGAGUGGCAUCAAGGUGGACAUCGAGGUGGAAGACAGAAUAAUGGACACCACAACCAUCACGGGAAAAAGCAGAAAAAUAAGAAGGAACCUGAGUAUUCCCAUUUUUGUGACACCUGUGACCGGGGCUUCAAAAACCAGCAGAAGUACGAUGAACAUAUUUCUCAACAUGUCAAGUGUUCUGUGCCCGACUGCAGAUUCAUGGCUCAUGAAAAAAUAGUCAGCAUCCACUGGAAAAAUAACCACGCACCUGGAGCUAAGAGAAUCAAGCUGGACACGCCAGAUGAGAUUGCAAAAUGGAGAGAGGAGAGGCGCAAAAACUAUCCCACACUGCAGAAUAUUGAAAAGAAGAAAAAAGUGAUGGACUUGCGGGAGGAAACAGGAGCCGUUCUUGAGACAGCUCAGUUUGGACGAAUGAGAGGUAGGGGCAGAGGACGGGGGCGAGGACGUGGCUGGGAUAACAGGGGCUUCCGUGGGCGACAUCAUCGAGGCCCUCACCCAUCAGACAGCGGUACUACAGAGAUACCCCGAUCCCGCACCCAGCACUGCAGGGACGGGGAUCCACUGGGAGCUCUGGCCAGCAGUGACCACGAUUCGGACAGAGAGGACCCAGCUGCUGAGUCCACGGCAGGUAACCUGGUUGUGGCUCCUAAACAGAUGAGCUCAGCGCUGGGCUCCCUGUUGGCAAACUACGGCUCCAUGAGUGAGAGUGAAAGUGAUGGAGACCCAGAGGCCAUGCCCAUUCAGAGAGCCAAAGACCUUGUGCAAGAAAACCAGGCUCUCCUAAACGCAACACCACCAAACUCCCAGAACAGGAGACCCCCUGUAGAACCAAAGCCCUUUUCACAGGGUACAGAGGCUCGUAAAGUCCUCCAGCCUGACUCUGUCCUUCACACACCUCAUAGCAGAAGAGGAAGAGGCGGAAAAGGAGGGAGGGGUGGUAGAGGAAGGCGCCAAGACCCACCACAGACACGUCGUUCCACUCUGCUCGAAAUGCUACUGGCCCCAGAUAUCCGCCAUGAGAGAAAUGUCCUCCUGCAGUGUGUGCGAUAUAUUGUCCGAAACAACUUCUUCGGGCUGGAGAGCAACGUUCAGAUACAGAAGGGGAUACAGGAUAAACCUGCACCAGCUGCUCAAAAUGGUGAGCAUGGAGGGAGGCAGGAAAAACAAUCAGAGGAAGACAGGGUUGAUCCCUGGUCUGCCUUUCUGGUUUCUGGAAAGAGAAAUUCAGCAGAAGUUGGUAAUCAGGAGGAUUUAGAAACACGUCAAGCUAUUGUAGUUGACCAAAACUGUGAGGACCAGGGUUUGCUGAGUGAUCAAGGACGCUCAAAACCAUCCAAGGAUCAUGUGGACUCCGUAUCAGGGGCUGAGCAGGUUGCAGGGGAUUUCAUCCAAUAUGCUGAAGGACCAACUGCCAAAGACUGCCACAGCCUGGAUGUGACGUCCACAGAUAAAAUCACUUGUACCUCUAAUAUUUAUGAUGAUGAGAUAUGGGAGAGCCCUGGUGCUGUUAUGUGAAAUCCUGACAGUUUAAUCAAAUGGAUUAAUCUUUUUUUGUUCUCAAAGCUAAAAGUGAAACAUUUGUCUUUCAUUCAUGUUAAUAGUUUUUUUUUUUUUUUACGUACUUGCUUUUUAUGUGACUUUAGCGUGACUAAAAAUGCCCAGUUAUAUUUUUGUAACAUGCUGUAUGCUGAGACUGAGCAAAGAUAGUCUUUUUUUCUUUUCAAAUAAAUCAAACUGUACUGAUAACUUUCCACUUGUACAUAUGUUUAUGUUAUUUGAAAUUUUUUGAAUUAUAGGUACAUGUUUAUGAUUUGUUGUGUUAUCCAAUGUGCAGUUGUUGAGACAACAACUGAAAGGACUUUAUUGUGUUUGUAAUCACCUAGGUAUUCACAUAUUAGGCCAUUUCUUUUGAUUUUAGAUUGAUUUGUGUAUACAUUUUGCAAAUUACACCCAGUGAUAUCAAUGGAAAACUUUA